AUUGUGCUGUUUUUAAAAAAAAAAAAAUCAAUUUUUAUUUGUGUGCCUGUGAAAAAUCCGUCUUUGUAUUUCUCUUCGUUUUUGUUGUUUUGCAAUAAGAAUUUGUGGGUUGCUGUUUUAUUCCUAGCAUUCAUGUGAAUAUUUGGUAAUUCCCAGAUUGUGUUUUUCUUUAAUUUGAUGAGAAUUCUUUAUUGGGUCAUUGCCACAUGUAGCUUUAAGCACUUAGUGCCGAAUGCAUUAUGUUUCUGGUCAUGCUCUUGGGGUUUCCCUGUGGUUUAGUUGAAUCUUGAUUCCCCAAACCCUAAAAUAGGGUUUUGUGUUUCUGGGUACUGUUAUUGUGCCAAAUGGCCAAGAGCGGAUUGUUAGGAACACAAGUCACUGAAAUCUCCUUCUGUAAUGAAAUUGGCGACUCACCAUUGUUCUCCAUUAUUCGGGUGCCUGAAAUUCAUUUAUGAAGAAAUAUGCUUUGUCCCCCCUAAAGAAUUUUUUUUGUUCAGUUUAAUAAUGCAACUGCUUCUGUAUGAGUUAUGGUUUUAAAGUACGCUGCAAGCAACUGACUGAAGUAGAAAGCUCUCUUCAUUGUCAACAGUUGGUGUAUUAUGUGCUUGAUUUGAAAACAUGACACAUGUUCAGAUCUUCAGCUCCUUCCUUUUGGCAUGAGUUUUUUUGCACUCGAUCAAUAUUGCUUGCCCUUGUAUACUUUUGGAUUGAUGAGCGAGUACAGCUACUUGAGUAAGGAGAGAGUUAGCAUUGGUGAGUAGAGGUACUUGAGAGGUUAGUGUUACAGUUGGAGGAGUGAAGCUAUCUAAAAGAAAGGAGCGGUACCAUUGGUGAGUGGAGUUGCCUAAGAGAGGUUAGGGGCAACCAAUGGCCCAUUGGGAAGGAAGUUACCUAAAAGAGGAUGUCAAUCUCUGGAAGCAUAUUGGCAUACUAAAAUCCAAAUAUCCCACAUUGAGAAAGUUGAACACCUUGAAUAACUGGUAUCUGAAAUCUCUAGUACCCUUUCCUGACAAGCUGGUUCAGUAGGGGAGAGAGACCUGUUAAGUCAGAUAUGGUGAAAGACCAGCCAGUUUCUUCUGAAGAUGAAAGAAUAGUUUCAGUGAAUCCUUCUCCUGCUGCAGUCAUCACAGGGCCUUCAAGUGAUGCUACAGAACAACCCAAGUCUUCAGAUGUUGGUGGAGAACGUAGCACCCCCCAUCCGCUUAAUUUGUAUGCAUCUCAAGAACAGAGCAUUUCAUACGGCGGUUAUGGCAGUAACACUGGUACUUGGGAUGGAUAUUCUCAGUAUCUUAAUGCUGAUGGAAUGCAUGUUGUAUCACCAGUCAUUUACAACGAUAAUCCAUCUCUUCUGUUUCACUCUGGUUAUGGCUUCAAUCCUGAAAUUGCAUACGGACAAUAUUCACCAGUUGCUACACCUUUGCCUUCUGUAAUGGUAGAUGGCCAACUUUACUCCACGCAACAGGUCCCUUUCUCUCCAUCUUAUUACCCUCAGCCAUCUCCUCCAAGUAUGUCUCAUAUUUCUUCAGCUAUUCCAGUUUCACCAACUGAGCUGAUGACAUCAGAAAGUAAUAGGACUGACAACAUGGCCUUUGGGCCAGGAUCAGGUUACUUGGUAAAUUUUAGAUCAUUUAGCGGAGGAGAUCCGUCUGGACAUCUUGGUUCUAGUGCCUUAGCAUCUCCAGCAAUUUAUCCUCCACCAAUGGGCAUUCUUGGGUCAUAUGAACACAGUGUUGGGCAGAUUUCUCAUCAACAGGGCCCGGCGCAUGGAUUUGGAUUGAUAUCAAGUUCAUAUACUGGACGCUAUCCUCAUGGUAGUUCUUAUCAAAGCUCUAACUUUGGUGAUGCUUCCCUUUCUUAUUCAUUUGGUAAUGACCGGAACCGACUAACUGUUGACAAGAGCAGAAGAAGAGAGAGGGACUGGGACUCAAUUUGUGUUUUCAAUAGUUCACAUGAUGGCUUCAAUGACCGUAAUCGAGGACCAAGGGCUUCAAAGCUGAAGGGAAAGAAUGCUUCCGACCAGAGUUCAUAUAGUGCUAAGAAAAUGGGACUAUCUGCUUCCGGAAUUAACCUUGAUUCAUUUAACCGGCUGGAUUUUGUCACGGAUUACGAGGAUGCAAAGUUCUUUAUCAUUAAGUCUUUCAGUGAGGACAAUGUUCAUAAAAGUAUUAAAUACAGUGUUUGGGCCAGCACGCCCCAUGGAAACAAGAAACUUGAUGCUGCUUAUCAUGAGGCACAGAGGAUAAAAGGCAGCUGCCCGGUUUUCUUAUUCUUUUCGGUUAAUGCUAGUGGACAGUUUUGCGGGGUAGCCGAAAUGGUUGGAUCCGUAGAUUUUGAGAAGGAUGCUGAUUAUUGGCAGCAAGAUAGGUGGAGUGGGCAAUUUCCAGUUCAGUGGCAUAUUAUUAAGGAUGUUCCUAACAUUCGGUUUCGUCACAUUCUACUUGAAAAUAAUGAUAAUAAGCCUGUCACUCACAGCCGAGAUUGUCAGGAGGUGAAUCUGAAACAGGGUAUUGAGCUGUUGAAAAUUUUCGGCGAUUAUGAUGCACGGACAUCUAUUAUAGAUGAUUUCGAAUUUUAUGAUGAGCGGGAAAAAUCCUUGAAGGAAAGGAAAGUUAGACAACAAGCUUGUUCGACUACAGAUGGUUCUGAUUCACUUGCUGUUGAUUCUGUUAAGGAAAUCUCUAAUAGUUUUGAUGAAGCCCUGAAGUUGAAAGGAAAUAGUAGUGAAGAAGUCUCAGGAACUGAGCUUAACAUUAGCUCAAAAACAGAUGCUUCAGCUAUAUUUGAACAUGAUUCUGUAGACCAAAUAUCUGAUAGCUUAUCUCAAGUAUUGCAGUUGGAAAAGGGUGAUAAAGAAAUAGUAGGACAAUCUGAAAGAAGUGGUGGACACCACAGCGAGUCUGUUGACAAGAAGGUGGCAACAGUUGUAUCAACUGGAAGUGCUUAGGCAUUUUAGAUGCAUGUGGUGACAGCACUCUACUGUACCUUUGUGAUUUUAUGAAUUGCUCACUAACUGACGAAGUUUGAGGUGGUAAUUUGGUCAUCUCGAGCAGUCAGGCUCCAAGCUGACUCCGUAAUUUUCCCUUUUCUUUUGUAUUUUUUUUUCAAGGUAAAUCGUUGAGAGUCAUUAGGUGGUGGUACUCCAGGCAUGCUGGGCAGGAAGGCUGUUUGGUGACACCCAUUUUGUAUUGAAGUAUUUUUUCUCUUUCUGUUUUUUCUUUUUCAUUGUUUUGUUUCAGGGUAGAUGGUUUUUGGCGAUGUGGAAGUAGUUGGAUGAAUGCAGGUUGUGGUGGGGUGUCUGUAUACUAUGUCUGAUGCCUUAGUGGUUGUAAUUUUAGAGUUGUUUACUGGUUUUCUAUUGGCGGCUGGGUAAUAGAAGAAUUUGUGAUGUUACCCAUUUGGGAGGUAGAUCAAUAAGGAAAUCAAGAAAAAUGCAAUAUUACACAAGAUUUUCUCUUCUCUUUUUAA